ACAAUCCUACUACCAUUGGGAAAAACUAAACUUUCUAUGCGCAAUACUCCGCAUAUAAAAGUACAACUAAGCGUAUUUUCAAGAAAACAAUUAAAGUUCAUCACACUAUAUUCAAGAAAACCGAAACGAUAAUGGACGCCGGAGUAGGGAUGGGCGUGCUGAAGAAGAAGCUCGACGAAGCCAAGACUCAGUACUACCACUUCAAGGCCGUCGUGAUCGCCGGAAUGGGUUUCUUCACCGACGCCUACGACCUCUUCUGCAUCUCCCUCGUCACCAAGCUCCUCGGCCGCAUCUACUACCACGUCCCCGGCUCCCCCAAGCCCGGCACCCUCCCCCCCAACGUCUCCGCCGCCGUCAACGGCGUGGCCUUCUGCGGCACCCUCGCCGGCCAGCUCUUCUUCGGGUGGCUGGGGGACAGGAUGGGGCGGAAGCGGGUCUACGGCCUCACUUUGGUCAUCAUGUUCUGCUCCUCCGUCGCCUCCGGCCUCUCCUUCGGCUCCUCCCCCCGCACCGUCAUGGCCACCCUCUGCUUCUUCCGCUUCUGGCUCGGCUUCGGGAUCGGCGGCGACUACCCUCUCUCCGCCACCAUCAUGUCCGAGUACGCCAGCAAGAGCAGCCGCGGCGCCUUCGUCGCCGCCGUCUUCGCCAUGCAGGGCUUCGGGAUCCUCACCGGCGGCGCCGUCGCCAUGCUCGUCUCCGCCGCCUUCGACCGCGCCUACAAGGCCCCGCCCUACGAGGCCGACCCGAUCGCCUCCACGGCUCCCCAGGCCGACUAUGUGUGGCGGAUCAUACUCAUGGCCGGGGCGCUUCCGGCCGUGCUGACGUGGUACUGGAGAACAAAAAUGCCUGAAGCCACUCUGGACGCCAAUAAGGCGGAGAGGGCGGCGGUGGACAUAGAGGCAGAAAGGGUAGAAUCCAAUCCCCCUGGAAAAUCACCGCCGCCGCCGUUGUUUGGAGUCAUCUCAAAGGAAUUUGCCCGGCGGCACGGGCUGCACCUGGUGGCCACGUGCACCACGUGGUUCUUAGUGGACAUGACGUACUACAGCCAGAACUUGUUCCAGAAGGACAUCUUCAGUGCGGUGGGGUGGAUCCCGCCAGCGAGGACGAUGAGCGCGACCAUGGAGGUGUUCAAGAUCUCCCGGGCCCAGACGCUCGUCGCUCUCUUAAGCACCGUCCCGGGGUACUGGGUGACGGUGCUGACCAUCGACAGGCUGGGCAGGUUCGCCAUCCAGAUGAUCGGCUUCACCAUGAUGACAGUGUUCAUGUUCGCGCUGGUCAUCCCUUACACCCACUGGUCCAUUCCGGGCCAGCAAAUCUGGUUGGUCGUCCUCUAUGCCUUCACCUUCUUCUUCGCCAACCUUGGGCCCAAUGCCACAACUUUCAUGGUACCGGCGCAGAUAUUCCCGGCAACACUGUGGCCCACCUGCCAAGAAAUAUCGGCGGCUUUCGGGAAAUUAGGGGGAAUCAUGGGGUCAUUCGGGUUCUUGUACCUGGCUCAGCCGCGGGACAAGUCCAAGGCAGACGCUGGGUACCCCGCCGGAAUCGGGGUGAGGAAUUCUCUCAUCAUCUUGGCUGUCCUUAACUUUCUAGGCAUUUUGUGCACUCUCUUGGUCCCUGAAUUAAAGGAAAAAUCUCUCCAGAACCUGUCCAGAGACGACAACGAAGAAGAAAGACUGUGUUAACAAGCAGCAGCAGCAGCUAGAGGAGAAGAAAGCGAAUACGGUGGAGGGAAACGGAACAAUGGCGUCAUCUAUUCCACAUGACACCGCACUUCUCUUUUUAGUU